GCUAUGUGGGCGGAGACACAACACUACGUUCACUCACUAUAUUGUUGAGCAGAAGACUGGAAGUGGAACCGGUCGGGAGAAGAAAAAAAAAAAAGGAAGAAACCAGUAGUAGCUGAAACGUGGUCCAUAUUUAGACAGUAUUGCGCUUUGUGAAUCAGUACUGGAUCAAACUAUUAUUCUGUUUUAUUGUUAGUUAGUUUCUAUUCUGCGGGCGCGGCUUUUAUCCCAAAGCCGAGCGUCUUGUUCUGUGCGUGGAGGCUUUUAUUUCUCUUACAGUCGGCACUGAGAAGCGGAAUGAAUGACCAAGACAAAGGUUGACGCCGCGUCUUCGACUCAUUUCGUCUCGGCUAAAGACAAGAGACUCAGGAGCAAAAUGGAAACGGAAAGCGGGCGUGAAACAAGCGACGUUGUGCCGUCAAUAACCCAGGAGAAGAAGAAACCGCACCGCGCUCCUUCGCCUGCGAGACCCAAAGACGUCCCCGGAUGGUCCAUCACCAAGAUCCGGGGGGGGAUCGGUACACCGACCCUCAGUGUGAAACCGGGGGCGAUCCAUUUAGGUAGCCGUCUGUCCAGACGCAGCCCCAUUAGCAGUAAAGAAACAAAGGAUAAGAUGGGAAAAUCACCGGGGAAAUCCGCCCUGUCUGCGCUCGGUGCUACGAAGAGUAGCGUCAAGUCAAACAAGGCCGCGCGGAGGAAAGUAUCAGAUGCCAGUAACGCGUCCGACGAUCUGAGCAAAGACUCAGGAAAAGAUUCGGGCAAACUCUCGCCCACUGACAGCAGCUCCGAGCUCUCCGACUGCGGCUCGGAGGAAAAUAAACUUUCAACAAGCAGCGAUAGAGAAAGCAGCAGCCGUGGCGGUGGAACCGAGAGCGAAAGCGCGGCCGCGGAACAGAGCACUGCUGGUGCCGGGAGGGACGGAGAGCGCCUCGCGCUGGGAGGAGACGCCGGACAGGACAGCACUUCCCCGGGGGAUGAGCGCUCACUAACAUCGCUCGAUAGUCGGAUGCCUGCUAGCACGUCUUUGGCCUUCUCUGAUCUUAACGAGGACCUCACGGAAGCAAUGCACGAGGAAUAUCUCCGAGAGAUCGAAGAACUAAGAUCAGAAAACGACUAUUUAAAGGAUGAGGUUGAGGAGCUGCGCUCGGAGAUGCUGGAGAUGAGAGACAUGUACAUGGAGGAGGAUGUAUACCAGCUCCAGGAACUUAGGCAGCAACUUGAGCAGACCAACAAGACAUGUCGCAUCCUGCAGUAUCGACUGCGGAAGGCUGAGAGACGCAGCCUGCGUGUGGCUCAAACCGGCCAGGUAGAUGGAGAGCUCAUUCGUACCCUGGAACAAGAUGUAAAGGUGGCCAAGGACGUGUCCAUCCGCUUGCACAAUGAGCUUGACACUGUGGAGAAGAAGAGGAGUCGACUUGAACAGGAGAAUGAGGAGCUGCAAGUGAAGCUCCAGGACCUGGAGGUGGCCAAGCAAGUCCUUCAGGCUGAGCUGGAGAAGAGCCGAGAGAACUCUCUAAAAAAGCGAGGUCCAAGGCCAAACCACAAACCCGAUAAGAAGACAUCACCACAGCCUCCAGAGGACAAUUCUGACCUGAAGUGCCAGCUCCAUUUUGCCAAGGAGGAGUCAGCACUUAUGUGCAAGAAACUCGCAAAGAUGGUGAAAGACAAUGAGGCGAUGAAGGAAGAACUGACCAAAUACCGUUCAGUCUAUGGCGACAUAGACACCUCACUGACUGUGGAUGAGGUGGCUGACUCGCCCCACACGCGUGAAGCCGAGGUUCGAGUUCACCUGAAGUUGGUUGAAGAGGAAGCUAACUUGCUGAGUCGAAGGAUAGUGGAGCUGGAGGUGGAGAAUCGUGGUCUUCGUGCUGAAAUGGAUGACAUGAAGAUUCAGGAGACCUCUGGAGGUCUUGCAGUUGGGACAGGAGUUGGACAGCUGCUAAUUUCACCUUCAGUUGAGAAUGUUAUGGAGAUGCAGCGGCACCUGCAGUUUGUAGAAGAAGAAGCAGAUUUGCUGAGAAGGUCACUUAUUGAGAUGGAGGAGCAGAACAAACUCCUGAUGAAUGAACUUAAUCGGUACAAGUCAGAACUUCCUCCUGAUUCUGAUAAUGAAUCCUUGUCACCUUCCACCAUCCUUCCUCCAUCCAUCACUACUGGAGUGGCAGCUUCUGAAGAAGGAUCUUUAAAUGAAGCAUCACAAGAAGAGCUCCUGGGAGCCAGACUUCAAAUCAGUGACCUGAGCAGUAAAGUAAAAAAGCUCCAGUAUGAGAAUCGCAUUUUGCUGUCCAACCUCCAGCGCUGCGACCUGGCUUCCAGACAUGUGGACAUUCGGCUUGCCCUGGAAACUGAUGCAGAGGCUGGGGACUCAGCUGAGUGUGUGCCCAGCCCAGAAUGUAACGAUAGCCCUAUUGAUGGUGAAGAAAUUCAGCCUCUGGAGGAAAAGAGUGAGAAAGUGACAGGAAACAACCAUUCUGAUCAGUGCCUCAACAUCAAAGAACUCUUGGCCAUUCGUGACCAGGCCCAAUUAAUUACCUCAGCAAUCCAGCUCCUCAUGUCUGCUGAUUCCAACUGUCUUUUAGCCUUCUCAUCAGACACAAUCUUACAUAAAAUAACAGCUAGGGAACCUGGAGAAGCUGGGUUGCUGGAGAAGAACCAAGUGCAAAAUUCUAACCUGUCUCUAGUUGAGGCUGUUCACAGUAGGCUUCAGUCUCUGCAGGCCCAGCUGCUGACUCUCAGUCAGAGGAUAGAGGUUCUUGGGGAGUCCCCUGAGUAUGAGCAUGUGAAGGGGCGGCCGACAUUUGCCCUAGUCUCUCAGUCAGCAGAGCCAUGCCCUGUAGAUACUCAGGUCAAUCAGAUCACCGUUCAACAGAAGCCCAAAAUUAGGGACCAAGCAGAUGUCAAAUGUCAAGCUGCACACCUGUGCAAAGCUGAUGAGAGCAACAUCAGUACAGACAGAAACAAAGACCAAGUGACAGACUUGCCGGACACCAACUGUGCACUGCUUCUGGAGCAGGUUUGUGAGCUUCAGGCUCAGCUGUGUGAGGCAAAGGAGAAGGCUAAGAAAACUCAGGAGGAUCUAGGACUGGAGAAUCUAGCUCACCAUGAUUACACACAGUCCUACUCCCAGAAACUCUCUCAGCUGCAGGAGGAGCACAAGAAGGUGUUGGUGCAAAGGGAUUUUCAGCUGCAAAGCAUGAGCCUGCAAACACGGCUGCAGCAGAAAUUCUGGAGCCAGGAAAAGAACGUCUUGGUGCAGGAGUCCCAGCAGCUUAAACAGAUCCUACUGCUUGUCAGCCUCAAGUUACGUUGGCUGCUCAAGCAGUGGAGGCUUGGCAAGAAGUUUGAUGCAGAGGUCAAAGACAUGUUGCAGAUUAAUAGUAUUAAGGAGCUUCACCACCCUCUGGAGGACGAUGGUGUUGCCCCUCACCACGGAGACAAUAAGAUGGCAGCCUCCAAGGAACAGCCACUAAGUCCCACAAAGAAAGAUCGCAGCCUUAGUGAUAAUAACCUUCAGCAGGCUAGUGGUUUGAGAACGACUUUGUCUGACCUGAAGGUGGCUCUGCAGGAACUGAGCACUGAGCUGCGAGAGGAGCGCCAGAGCUCUCAGGAGCUAACGCAGCAGUUUGCCCGAGCUAAGGCCUCCUGGGAGGUGGAGCGCACUGAGCUCAAAAGUCUCAUCACCCAGCUGGAAGGGAAGGCAGGGAAGAUGUCUGCAACUGGUACUGACACUGAUCCUCCAGAUCUGAAGGCAGCUUUGAAGAGAGAGUGUGAAGAGCACAAACACCUGCUGGCAGACUCCUAUGCUGCAGUGAUGGAUCUGACCAAGCAGUUACAGAUAAGUGAGAGAAACUGGAGCAGGGAGAAGCUGGAGCUUCUGGAACAUUUCAAUCAGGAGAGGAACCAGUGGGAGCAGAGGCUUCUUGAUGCCCAGAGCAAGGUAACACAGUCUCCCAGUGCCAAGGGAACAUCUACAGAUGCAACGACAAAUGAAACAACCUUGCAAAGAACCCAACUAAUUUCGUCAUUGUCAGACCUUGAGAGUUUGCUGGACGUCAGUUCUUUCCUUCCAGAUCAUGAGGUCAAUGGAAUUGCUGAGGUGAAGGCUGGAAAGCACCAAUUUAACGAUCUUGUAACCCGCACAGACCUUAGAGACCUCAACCAGAAGAACUGGAAGUAUCUAAGUAGUGAGUCGGCUUCUCUGGCGAAGACUGAGCCUUUUAAAACCUGGGACUGCCCCAGCACUGACAUUCCAGAGCUAAAGCUGAGUAUGGAGCAUGUGCAAAGGAGUUACACUGCCCCAGACAAAACAGGUAUCCGAAUAUACUACAGCCCUCCAACUGUCCGGAGGAUGGAAAGGAAGGUCAAGGAUCUGAGCUCAAAUGACACCCAGCUGGGACAACAAUUUUUCAAUGCACCUAACUCAGACCAAGCAAUACUGCCUCCAACAACACAAACUUCACCUUCACACUUGUCAGCCUCAUAUGAGCAGUGGCUAAGUUCACUAUCCCAACAGCAUAGAGACCUACUUGAGGGCAGGACAGGCAGCUCUGGGGCCCUCCACACCCUUGAGAUUUCUGCAAAUCUGAGUGAUGACAUGAAGGAGAUGACCAAUUGUGUGCGGCAGGCCAUUCGUUCUAGCUCUCUUGAGAGGAAAUCCAGCAAAGAUGCAGGAAGUCAGACUGUGGGCUUCACCAGCACAGGAACACAGACAGCUAAAUUUGUCAGCGUGGGCCUGCAGACGGAGAGUCCAGCCUCCUCAACCUCCCGAGGAGCAGGAUUUCAUGGGAAGAUAUGGUCUCCCCGCCCAUCCACCUCCCUCACUUCAGCACGAUCACGCCAGAUCUCCUCAUCACUGGAGAAGGUGCACGGUCGCAUUGACCGACCCUGCUGCUCACCAAAAUAUGGCUCACCCAAGCUCACAAGAAGGGUCUCUGCUUCAUCUUCAUCCUCCAAGCUGGAGACAUCUUCCACCUCCUCAAGAGAUCGGAGCAUGUGGAAUCUGCCAAACCGUAGCAUUGCCCAGAGCGGAUCUGCAUGGGCUCGGUCCACCACGACCCGUGAUAGUCCCGUACUCAGUGGCCUCAAUGAUGGACUAUCCAGCCUCUUCAGCGUUGUGGAGCAUACCUCCAGCAUGGAGUCACUCUGUAGGGGUGACACAUGCCCUGGAAGACAAGCUGCUGGCAAGCCAUCUUGUCCCAGUGUCGGCAUUAUCCUUGGUGAUUCUGGCACUCAGAAGUAUGGCAUUGUGCAGGAGUUCUUUCAAAAUGUGUGUGUGCAGACACUGUCAGGAGAGAAGACUGGAGCCAUAGAUGAGCCCAAGCCUGAGUGUCUUACUGGUGCUCUGAUGGGAACAGACAGUGUCACUAAGAUUGUCAAUAGGAGGUUCAUGAGACAGACAUUGCGGGAUGAAGCAGUAGUCAGUGGGAAGGAGUCUGCUGCAAGCGCCAGUAGCCCAGAGGAUUCAUCUUGUGACUGCAAAUCACAGUCCCCCACCUCUUGUCUUGCUCGCACGUCUCGCUCCACUGUUCAUGGAGCCCAUAGCCAGUGCAAGCACCGUGUUCAGGAGACUGCCUUGGGAAAUGAGGAGAGAUUGGAUGUCAGCAAUGAGUGAUGGAAAAGAGGACAAGGCUUCUAUCACUACUUUAAAACAAACGUGCAGAUACUGCCACACAUACCACCGUGUAAAUGCAUUGCCAUGUAUAAACUUGCACAUAAGCAAGCAUACAAAGCCACAGUAGAAUACAUGUCUGGGCAGUUCCAAAAACCUUUGAUUAACACAAGGACUGAUGCCAAGAAAUAUCUUUCAGCCAGCCUGACCUCCCUUUUAUGGUCAACAUUCUAUACACCUAUUCAACCAGCAGGACAGCUCAAUUCUGCCAUCAUAAUGAACUGACCUUUGGACAAACAUAGGCUCAAAUGUCUGUGUAUAACAUGGGAUGAUAUGCCGUGUAACAAGUAAAAUAAAAACAUGUAGAAUUAAGUUAAAACCUGACAGUGACUGCUUGUGUUUUAAACUGCUCAAAUCCUAUUUGGAUUUAAUGUAUUUACAAAUUUGCUUUCUAAAGAUUUAGAUAAUAAAGGCCUCAAGCAGACAUCUACAGCCUUUAAUUUCAUCGCCAUAAUCACAAACAAAAAUGCCUCCAUUGUUUAAAUCUUACAGUUUAUGAAUCUCAUUCAUCAUGUUACACUGGGGAGCUUAUUUAAAGCCAUUAUUUGUAUUUUUGCUGUGUUACUGUAAAAUGACUAAUAUGUGUGACAGACUGAAAGUGUCUAUUUAGAACACAUGACCAAACUCAUUUUAGUGGGACCAUUAAAAAAAGGCACUGGUUAACAAGGAUUUUCUAAAAUGACAAUUUACUUUAAUGGAGAUGUCACUCAUUGUGAUUACCUGAGAAUGUCAUUGUCAUUAGAACCCUUUUCAACCUAUCAGUCUGAAGUCUAAAUCAACAUUAACUAUUAUGAAGCCAUGGAAGGAGUUUCUUACUUUUGGACACACAUUUCCCCACAUUAAACUAUGUAUUUAUAACUGUCUAUGUAUGGUGCUAUACAAAUUAAAAUCUUUAUCAUGUAUUAUGUUAUUUGUAGAGAAGUGACAUUUCAGCCUUUAGCUGAAUGAAAGUGACUGCUAGUUAUAAAAUUGCUCAUAUUUGGAUCUAGUUGACUGAUAAAUGAUGCAGUCAGCAUUAAACACUGUAUAAGAUGUAGAAUGAUAACGAUCAGAGCUCUGCCCACCCACACAGUUCUGCUGUAGCCCACCAAUUUUUCACACACACAGAUCAGAGCCUCUCUAAUGGCAAGGCAGUAUGGUCAGGUUCCUUUGAAUGUGUCCUGCCAGUCUCUGCCUCAGGUCCUUAAUAAAUAGGGCAUUAAUGGUGAGCCACUUUUUUCAUCACCAUUAACUAUGGUACUGUUCACAUUUUCUGCCAUCAAAUGUCAUUACUGGUCUUUUAAGACUUAAAUACAUUAUACCUCUUGCUGCUACCUCCUUUCUGCAUUUUCAGUCAAACUCCAGUUCAUUUGUUUUUUGUUUGUUUUGAAGGUCUCAAAUGUGCCUUUGUUUCUUUUCAAAGAAAUUCAGAUGUUCCUUCACUAUUAGUCAGUGAGGAGCUGCAUGCAGUGAACAAAUAGAUUUCAUGAAGCCAAGUCUAUGCUCCAAACUCUGGUAGCAGCCAUGACCCACUGAACAAUUUCCCAACAAUUAACAACUCUGUUUUUGGUCACUGACCGUUUGAUUAUAACUAUUCAUGAUUGCAUAAAUAAUUUUCCUCAGUGUGCAUUGUGUAUGUUGUGCUUGGUUUAAAUGAUUCCUAAAAUGCACAUAGACUCACGGGGGAGGACUCGAGCUCAAAUGCUUUGGCUACCAUACAGACAUGAACUCCAGCCAAGUUCUUUAAAACAUUGUCCACAAGAUUCUUCAAAGCAAAUCUAAUGGAACAACUUCCACCCAUAUAAUUUGAGUAAAUUACUUCCAAACAAUUACACAAAUUGUCCCAUUUCAAUACAAAUACAUGGUUUGCAAGGUCAAAAGAACUGAUUCAUCUCAAACAAGCCCUUAAUCAUCUUCUCUUAUCAUUCCACAUCCACCUCCCAUAACAUCCAGCAAUACCUAAAUGACAUAGUAGCUUAAUACCAUUUUGUAAAUUAUUGAGAAUGCAUGUAUAUUUUGUUUUUUUUCCUCUUUGUAAACAUUUAUUAAAUAAGUGAGAAAAAACACUCUUUAAUAUUGUAACCUUAAACAUACUGUACAUAUACAAUUUAUACUCUUUCUAUCUUAGUCUAGUCUAGAAAGUGGCUUGAACUUCAGAGCUCAUGACCUCCCCUUUAAGAAAACAAGAAUCUCUUUUUAUUGUGUAAGUAGCUUUAUUCUGGGGAAGGAAUAUGCCACAAUAAAACUGAAAUUGUUUUUGCCUGGGGAAGGAUUGCUUUUCUUGUUGCAUCAAAUAAUACUUUCCUGUUUGUUACAAUUCACAAAUAAAUGUUUGUUGAAAAAUG